AUGGCGUCUCAACCCCAAGGCGAUUUUUGCCUUGAAUGCAACUGGGAAGCUUUUCAUCUUGAUGGAAAGGAAACGGGAGAUCCUUCGGUCAACCAUUCCCAACAUCAUUGGAACUGCUCAAGUCAUGGGCAUCAGGCGGCGCUUCCUCAUUGCGAAGUGGACGAGGCCUGUUGUGAUGUAGAUGACUGCGCGCUAGACUGUGGGUCAAUGUGUGACGGCUUUGUGGCCUGCGGUCCUUCUACUGUCUGCUCAGUCACAAACUGCGAGGAUGACAACUGUGAUGACAACGACUGCGAAGACCAUUGCGAAGAUAAUCACUGUGACGAUAACCACUGCGAGGAUCUCUGUGAAGCUGAUCACUGUGAAGAAAUCAACUGUGAUACCACACACUGUGACAGCGUUGAUCCUCUUUGCUUCGAGGAUCACUGCUGCGACGGCACCGAGAAUCAAGACUGUUCAUUUGAUACACUUUUUGGACUCAACACUCCGCUGUCGCUAGACACAGGGGUAUUUCCACCGACAACCAUGGGACACCAUCUUGGCCAUGGCGCUAAAGCCCUUGAGCAUCCUCUCCCUGGAACCAUCGAUCCAAGCCAACAACAUAACUUCCUACACUCCUACCAGACACACGCUAGCAACUGCGAUCAGAAUGUUCCCAACCACUUUGAGUGUCAUGACUUCCAGAAGGACUUGCAGGGGAUGUUCGUGGCGCCUCCUUUGCCGACGCAGACUGAGGUCAACCCGGCGGAGGUAUUCCACAUGCUUGGAAUGUGUUCAGACUUUUCUAUAUGCCAGGACCAACACACUGCAUCUCAGAAUGAAGUGUCACCAGUGUUACCAUUUGAUAAACCUAAAACCGACCUGACGGAUGCAUUCAAUUGCUUCCACCCCGAACACCAUCAUGUUCACGGCCACUUCAAGAACCCCAAUGACCUCAACCUGAUCACCUCAAAAGGACCUCGGCGAAGCCACCAUCGCUGCCGAGCCCAUCACCAUGCUCACUCUCACCCAUACUCACCAUACUCACGGCAAUCUCGUUCGAGUUUCAGCUCUCACCUCCUUUCUAGUCCAGGGGAGACUCCGCCACCGCUCGAGGGUGGUGCCUCAUCUGUGCUGACUACUCCGGAUUUCUCUGAGGAAAAUGAUUUGCAUAUUUGCAAAUGGUCAACAAAGAUCCAUGGAAUUAAAGCCGCAUGUGGUGCUACCUUUGCCGAUGCCGGUGCUCUUCAAGAGCAUCUUGUCACCAGCCACAUGAGCACUGUGAAUGGCGCCAAGGGAAAUGGAUACUACUGUUGUUGGGAAGGGUGUCAUCGCCCGGAUGAGCCCUUCUCACAAAAGUCCAAGCUUCAGGGUCACUUUCUUACACAUAGUAACUACAAGAACUUCUCCUGUUCAGUAUGUGGAAAGGCAUUUGCUCGACAAGCGACAUUGGACCGACACGAGCGCAGCCACCGUGGUGAUAAGCCGUAUGUUUGCAAGCAUUGUGGUAAAUCGUUCACGGACAGCAGCGAGUUGAAAACCCACUCCCGCACCCACACUGGCGAAAAGCCAUUCAAAUGCACCUGGCCAGGAUGUAACUUUACCACUGGCGACUCUUCAAAUAUGUCUAGUCACAGACUGACCCACGGAGAACGACGACACAAAUGUCAAUUCCCCGGAUGCACGAAGAGCUUUACUCGACCUGACCAACUUAAGCGUCACCAGAGGACCACCCACAAAACAGAGUCCUGUUCUACCCUUCCUUCACCGAGUUCCGAUCACUUCACCUUGACCCCCUUCACCCUCGUCUAA